GGGUGAUGGGCUGCCCUCGAGGGGCCUUUCAGAGGCCCCCAUCACGCCGGGAACCCCCGCUCGGGUGUCAGCGCUGCCGCAAGAUGUGUGGUCAUGCGUGUAUACGCACACACAUGCAUGUAAAGGCAGGCACGCACCCAUGUUCGUGCCUUUCCACGCAUGGAUCUGAACGGAUGUGUGUCCUUGUGCAAUCCCGCACCUCCCUGGCCGUGCUCAGCUCUCCGGGGGUGCCCCCAACCACGAGGACCCCCCGUUUACCCUCCCAGCACCAGCGAGUCCAGGCCUCCGAGGCGGCUGGAGCGUCCCCGCUCCGCCGCGCGGACCACGUGACUUCCUGCGGCGGCGGCGGAAGCCGGAAGUGCCGCUGUGGCCGGUGCCGGGUCGGGGCGGGCCCGGUGGGGCCAUGGCGGGCACGGGCGGCUGAGGGGCACCGGGGGCACCGGGCGCUGCGGGGGCUCCGAGCCGGCCGUGGGGCGCGGGGAGCGGCCACAAACCGGGUCCCCCGCCGCGGGGACCUUCCGCCGCGAGCCAUGGCGGCGGCGGCGGCGGCGGCGGGUUCCAACUGGGGCCUGAUCAUGAACGUGGUGAACAGCAUCGUGGGCGUGAGCGUGCUCACCGUGCCCUUCUGCUUCCGACAGUGUGGGAUCAUCCUGGGAGCUGUGCUGCUGAUCUUCUGCUCGUGGAUGACUCACCAGUCCUGCAUGUUCCUGGUGAAGUCGGCCAACCUCAGCAAGCGCAGGACCUACCCCGGCCUCGCAUUUCAUGCCUAUGGAAAAGCAGGAAAAAUGUUGGUGGAAACAAGCAUGAUUGGGCUGAUGUUGGGCACUUGCAUCGCUUUCUACGUCGUCAUCGGCGAUUUGGGCUCCAACUUCUUUGCCCAGAUGCUCGGAUUCCAGGUGUCGGGCAGUUUCCGGAUUGUCCUGCUCUUCGCUGUCUCCCUGUGCAUUGUCCUUCCCCUGAGCCUCCAGAGGAACAUGAUGGCCUCCAUCCAGUCCUUCAGUGCCAUGGCUCUCAUCUUCUACACCGUGUUCAUGUUCGUGGUUGUGGUGUCCUCCUUCAAUCACGGGCUCUUCAGCGGGCAGUGGCUGCAGCGAGUGAGUUACGUACGCUGGGAGGGCAUUUUCCGCUGCAUCCCCAUCUUUGGAAUGUCUUUUGCCUGUCAGUCUCAGGUCUUGCCUACUUACGACAGCUUGGAUGAGCCGUCUGUCAAAAUCAUGAGCUCCAUAUUUGCUUCUUCCCUAAACGUGGUCACCACCUUUUACAUCAUGGUGGGCUUCUUUGGCUACGUGAGUUACACCGAAGCCAUUGCUGGGAACGUCCUCAUGAACUUCCCUUCCAACGUGGUGACGGAGAUGAUCCGAGUGGGAUUCAUGAUGUCGGUGGCGGUGGGGUUCCCCAUGAUGAUCCUGCCGUGCAGACAGGCACUGAACACCCUGCUCUUUGAGCAGCAGCAGAAAGACGGCACCUUCGCUGCCGGGGGCUACAUGCCCCCACUGCGGUUCAAAGCCCUGACUUUGGCUGUUGUGUUUGGAACCAUGGUCGGAGGCAUCAUGAUCCCGAAUGUGGAAACAGUCCUGGGCCUGACAGGUGCAACCAUGGGAAGCCUCAUUUGUUUCAUCUGCCCAGCUCUUAUUUACAAGAAGAUCCACAAGAAUGCGCUUUGUUCACAGAUUAUCCUGUGGAUUGGGCUGGGAAUGCUGGUGAUCAGCACGUACACCACUCUGUCUGCCACUGAGGACACCCCUGUGAGGAUGGAAGCAGUGGGCUUGGAGCACCUGGACAGAGAGGAGAACAGAAUUGACCAGGAUUCGGUCAAACUUCCAGAGCAGAACCCGGUGGUGGAGGAGCCCGAGGAUGACCGUGAUAAACCCAAAGUGCCCGAGGAGAAGGAGGAGAUGGAGCAGCCACAGAUCAAGGUGCCUGUGCAGGUCGCCAAGAGGGAGGAGGAGAGAGGAAAGGUGGAAGAGAAAGUGCAGCUGGACCGUCCCGAUCAAGGGAUUGCCCUGCCUGUGGGGGAAGCUCAUCGCCACGAGCCCCCAGUCCCACAUGAUGAGGUGGUCGUGGACAUGGGGCGGGAGCGGGAGGAAUCCAACGAGAACAAGGUGGCUCCCGGAGGAGCCAAGGACCAUCUGCUGGAGGAGCCAGCCAGGCUGAAGUCCCAGAAGGAGGCACCGGGCCCAAAACAAGGGAAGGAAGUGGUUGCCGAGAACCAGCAGCGGGGAGGGACUGCCGGGCCCGUCCCAAAUCUGCAGAAGGUCCCGGAGGCAGCGGUGCAGCAGGGUGGAAGGCCGCCCUACAAGGAUCUGGAGCCAGGGAAAGCCAGGCUGGAAGGCAAGGCACAGGUGGCCGUGCCAGACGGUGACACCGCCGAGGCUGCUGACCGGGACAAGUCACAGCUCCAGCUCCCCAGGAAAGCAGAGGAGGCUGAAAAGUCCAUGGAGAAGGAAGCAGACCCUGGUGAAAAGCAGGAGCUGCCCCUCCCAGAGAGAGCAGAACCGCUGGAGAACCGCAACACUGAGGAGAAACAGGAGAAGGUGGAGACCAAGCUGGGGGAAGCAGGGCCAGCAAAACUGCUGGACCACAAUGUGCUGCUGCAGGUGAUCAAGGAGCAGCAGGUGCAGCACAAGCAGCUCCUGGACCAGCAGGCAAAGCUGCUGGCGGUGAUCGAGGAGCAGCACAAGGAGAUCCACCAGCAGCGGCAGGAGGAGGGGGCAGAGGAGAAGCCAAAGCCAGCGGAAGCGCAGCCAGAGCCUGCCGUGCCCCUGUCCAGGAGCAGGGAGGACGAGGGGCUCGGAGCCAAGGGAGACACGGCCGGGAAGCCGCUGAGCAAGGAGCAGACGGAGCAGCGCCCGGGCCAGCAGCCCCCUGAUUCCACCAAGCAGCAGAGGGACAUUGUGGGGAGGCUGGAAGAGGCUGGGCACAGGCGUGACAUUCCUGUGGUGCCUCCCAAGGAGUGGAAGGUGCCACUGCAGGAGAAUGACAGAGCCGUUAAGAAUCCUGCGGAGAACCGGGAUCCCCUCCACGGGGAUGCCCAGCGUGUUCCAGCAGCCAGAAAUCACCUGGAGAAAAAGCCCUUGGCAGAGGAUUUGGGAGGAGAACAUGAAGCCAAAGCUGGAAGAGAUGUCCACGAGAAGAAGAAUUUCCUGAAAGCCGUGGAAGCAGCUACAGCUCCCAUCCAAAGAGAACAGCCGGGGGCUGCCAAAGUUCAGGGAGUAGCAGGAAAGAGUUUGGAAAGAGACUCAGGAAUAGACCUUAAAGCCAAAGCUCUGAGUCAGGUGGAGCCCAAGGACCUGGCAGUGGUGCCGGACUCUUCCAGUAACAGGAAUGUGGCAGUGAGGGAGCAGCACCCCCGGGAGCGGGAGCGGCGGAGAGGGGCGGAGGCCGGGGGAGCGGGCGGGCUGCAGCGGGGCCCGCCUGGCCAUGGGCACGGGCAGGAGGAGGAUCCCCGGGAGGAGCCGCGGGGCCGCCAGGGCCGUGGGGAUGGGGGUCCCUCCAACGGCGCCGACAGGAAACCCGGCCCUCAGGAUGCUCCAGCGCCGAAGCCCGAGAACAGAGCGGCCACCCCCGGGGAUCCGCAGCAGCCAGAGCGCGACGUCAAACCCAACCGGGACCUGAAGCUGCAGGGGGGCCUGGACCUGCGCCGCAGGAGACGGGACCUGCUGCCUCCCGACCAGGAGGAGGAGGAGGAGGAGGAGGAGGCGGCGGCUGCCCCGGGAGCCGGGGGGGUCCUGAUCGGCCUGAACCCCCUCCCCGAUGUGAAGGUGAACGACCUGCGGAGCGCGCUGGAGACGCGGCUGAGCCGGGUGGCCGAGGGCGCGCAGCACCUGGUGCGCAGCCGCCACAUCCAGCAGGUGACACAGGACAGGAGCCCGUGACGUGGCUGUGGCCGUGCUCCACAGGGAAGGCUCAGGCUCACCAGUGGAUUUUGGGCCGUUGCUCAGGCAUGGAGAGAUCUAAGCCAGCAGCACUUUGCUGGACGCAGCGCUCGGAUCCACAGGAUCUCCUUGGAUCCCUGAGCACCAUCCUGGGGGCUUCCACAGCAGCACCCCCAGCGUGUGCCUGCGGGUGGCCGAGGGGAUGGCGACACUGGAAGCGACAUUCCUGCUGUCCCCUGCCUUCCAGAGCUGCCAUCGGCUCCCUGCCAGGCCACUGCUCCAAGGGCUCCAAGGACCUUUUCCAGCAUCUCAUCCAUAUCAAAUUGCCUUCUCCAACCAUCUCCCAACUCCUCUCAGAACCGGGAAGGGGCUCCAUCGCCCCGGCUGUGCCGAGGGGACCUGGGAUCCACACCUCGGGAAGGACUUUACCCCAGAGAGCCGUGAGCUGAGGACCAGCGGAGCCAAUGCUCCAGUGUUGCAUCGGGAGCAGAGCCUCACGCGUUUGGGACACAGUGGUGGUUUAGGAACCUCAUUUAGUAGAAAUUCUGCCUUAACCGGGCACAACUCCUGCCGUUGUGCUGCCUCUCUCCCAGGGAUGGGAUUUCUUGGCCACGCACUGGAAUCACACGGAGCUCUGCUCUCGCUGCCCUCCCCGGGUGCUCCUCUCUGUGCUCUCCAGCUCCACUUCCCCUCUCCAAAGUGCUUUAAGAAGCUCAACUUCCCCCCCGACCCUUCCCAACCCAGCUUGAUUCUUCUGCUGGAGGUGAGUAGUUUGGGAACAAACGUGGCAGAGCCAGGUGGAUCCAGGGGCUCGGCUCAUGCACACCUACCUCUUCCUGUGUUCCGUGUGCUCUUCCCAGCCUCCCCCCACCCUGUUCUGCAUCCAGACAGCUCCCUGCUCCACCUCUGGAAAUUUGUUUGGUGAGUGAGGAAGGGAAGAGCUUCCCCAAGAGCUCUGUGUUGUUUCAGGCUCCCAGUGAUUCAUCCCGUGGGUUUUUUGGGUUUUGUGUUUUUACAUCCUGACCGGUGAAUGUACGGAAUCCAGUCCCAAAGCUCUCCCUAGACGGGCUGAGAAUUUCCAGCCUGGAGCCCUCAGACCUCAUCACUGUGGUGGGUUUUAUUUCCUGACCUCCAAAUGUCUUUGGUGACCUCGAGUCUGUGUCCAGUGGGACCCUGCAGAGCUGGGACGGGGUGGGACUGCCCCUGCCUGGUGCUCCCACGAUGUCACAACCCAGAGCCACAGGGAAGCGGCCUCGGGAGUCCUUUGGGAAGAGCGCCCGGAACACUGUGGCCUUAAACCCCCUGAACAUCCCAACGAGCUUCUCCAUUAACGCUGUCGUCAAGCACAAGCACCACGGCCGAGAGCCCCGGAGCCGCUCCAAGAGGCAGGGAUGGGCUCUGGAGCUCGGCUCCAGGUCUGCCCUGGGGAGAUGGAUCCGGGCUGUGGCACCAAGCAGCCUUCCUGAAGUGAGAGGGAGCCAGAGCCCGAUCGGCUCCUUCAUCCCCUUUGCCGCCGGCUCCUGCCCCGCGGGGUCAGACCCGCCUGUUUGUUGUUCUCCGUGUGAACAUAAGGGACCAAAGAUGCUCCUGACAUUCCUGCUCGUGGGAAUGGCGUGGGCACCCCGAGCUGGGCUGGAAGCUGGCGGGAGCUGCCUUGUCCCGCCGGGAACGGCUCCCCCGGGGCGGGUGGAACGCUGGGAGGGAAAGCCCGGAGCGCGGGCUGAGCCCAUCAAUAAAAUAAGCUGAAGCAUUCUGA